UAGGGACGUGCGUUCAGUUUUCCGAGAGCGUUUCGCGAGGGACGUCGGCGCGGUCGCUUUCGUGCGGGAUUUUCGCAAUUUAAUACAUGUGAUUUAUUAAAAAAUAACUAGUCAUGUCCCUAAAGGGUGAUUUUAGGACAGAUUUGCGUGUCACGACGUUCCGUGCUCGUUAUAAAGGAUAGAUGUGCAAAAACCACGUUCCGAUACCAAAACAAAGUGGGAGAGUAGGUAAUUUGUAGGAAUUUGUGUGUAAUGUAUUUAUAUUGUAAAUAUUUGUAGUCAGUUAAAGUAAUUGAGUGUGUAUGCGUUUAAAAAACGAAAGUGCAAUGUGAUUUGUGGUUCGUGUUUAUGGAUUUUGAAAUAUUCGAAUUUGGAAUUCGUAUUUUUAAUGCCGAUAAUGACGAGUAAAGUAUCAACAUGAGCCUCUGAUGCCGUUAAAAUGACUGCUACCAAAACGGAGAUGGCGCACGCGGGGAGCAGCUUCCAGUGGGACAAACUGUCCCCGGCAGAGUUCCAACAGCUGCAGGAGUUGACCUCAUAUUCGACGAAAAAGCUUCAAGAUGUUCUCAAAGAGUUCUGUGAAGUCAAGAAGCAGAGUCCUGAUGGGGAUAUCGACUAUGAAGGAUUCCGCUGGUUUCUGGACACAUUCCUCGAGAUAUCAGCGCCUGAUGAGCUGUCCAGGCACCUGUUCCUCUCGUUUGUACGCCGAGACCGGCGGCCGGCACUCCGCGAGAUGGCAGCAGCGAGCUCCACCGCCGCCUGCGCAGCUGUCACCGCUCAUGCAGACCAUCAGGGCAAGUUGAGCUUAGCAUCCAAGAUCCACGGUUUGGCGGAGCGGCUGCAGCAGCUGGGCAAGAGUUCCGGAGACUCUGUGGAUGGGAGCGACAAGGGGUCCAGGAGUCGAACUGGGAGCGUCCACCCGAUGUUCACAGUGACCACUCACCCGUCGUACUCCUCGCACGAGCUCUGCCUGGACCGGCGCAACGAGACCAGCCCCAGCCACAGCCAGAUGUCCAGGAACUCCAGUCGGAAGAGCAGCAACUCUCUCAGAGUCAACCAGUCCACUAAGAUCGAAGAUUUCAGGCACCUAAUGAGACGAUCAUCGACACUGGAAGUCCACACCGCCCGGGUGUCUCUGAAAGACAUCGUCUGCUACCUCUCACUCUUGGAAGCUGGAAGACCAGAGGACAAACUUGAGUUCAUGUUUCGGCUGUACGACACGGACGGGAACGGCGUGUUGGACACGAAUGAGAUGGAUUGCAUCGUGAACCAAAUGAUGACGGUCGCUGAAUACCUUGGAUGGGAGACUUCGGAGCUUAGACCGAUCCUACAAGACAUGAUGGUGGAGAUAGAUUACGAUGCUGACGGUACCGUGUCGCUUGACGAAUGGAAGAGGGGAGGAAUGACUACGAUACCUCUGCUAGUGCUCCUGGGACUGGAUACGAACGUCAAGGAGGAUGGCGAGCACGCGUGGCGACUGAAGCACUUCAGCAGGCCCGCCUACUGCAACCUGUGCCUCAACAUGCUGGUCGGCCUCGGGAAGAAAGGGCUGUGUUGUAUCUGUGAUUGUAAGUUCACAGUACACGAGCGUUGUGUACAGAGGGCGCCUGCGUCGUGUAUUGCCACCUACUCUAAGUCAAAAAGGGCGCCCGCUACGUUAGCCCAUUUCGCUAUGGGCAACUGCCACGGCAAAUGCGCUCGGUGUCGAAAAAAGAUCAAGGGUUACAACGGUAUUACUGGAUUACAUUGUCGCUGGUGUCAUAUCACUCUGCACAACCGGUGCGUGGGCAGCGCGGGCGGGUCGUGCUCGCUGGGCCGGCACGCGCGCCACAUCCUGCCGCCCACCGCCAUCCGCCCGCUCGUGCUCGACCGCCAGAGGUCGCUGCCGCACCGCCCGCAAAUCGACCAGCAAUCACUGCCCACCUCAAUAUCCCUGCCAAUAUCAAUAGCAGCGUCCUCAGAAGAGAAGAAAGAAGAGAGGGAGAAGAGGGAGCCUCGAGCUCCCCCCAUCUCCUUCCAAAUCACACCCCCUGACGGGUCAUGCCCCCUACUCGUGUUCAUCAACCCCAAAUCCGGAGGACGGCAGGGCUCCAGGGUUUUACGGAAGCUGCAGUACAUUUUAAACCCCCGUCAAGUACAUGAUAUUGCUAAAGGGGGGCCUAUGCAAGGGCUGCAGAUGUUCAAAGAUGUGAAGAACUACAGAGUGAUAUGUUGUGGAGGAGACGGCACGGUGGGAUGGGUGCUGGAAACUAUGGAUAAGGUACAGAUGGACACGCAGCCAGCAGUGGGCGUGAUACCACUGGGCACCGGCAACGAUCUGGCGCGGUGUCUGCGGUGGGGAGGCGGAUACGAAGGAGAAUCGAUCCACAAGAUCCUGGACAAGAUAGCGCGCGCCAGCACCGUCAUGAUGGACCGCUGGCACAUAGUCGUGGAGAACACCACCACCGAUUGUGAGCAGCCUCAGAUGCCUGACUCGGCGCCGCACCCCACUGUCGUUCCAUACAACAUCAUCAAUAACUACUUCUCCGUUGGAGUCGACGCAGCAAUCUGCGUGAAAUUCCACACGGAACGGGAACGCAACCCGGACAAGUUCAGCUCGCGCAUGAAGAACAAGCUCUGGUACUUCGAGUUCGCCACGUCAGAGCAGUUCGCUGCCAGCUGCAAGAAUCUGCAUGAGCAUAUUGAUAUCGUUUGUGACGGUGCAUCGUUAGAAUUGAACAAGGGCCCCGCGUUGCAAGGCGUGGCUCUGCUGAACAUACCGUACGCACACGGCGGCUCCAACCUGUGGGGCUCCAGUGGAGCCCAUCGGAGAGGACGGUUCCCCAACGCACAGCAAGAUAUUGGCGACAAAUUAAUAGAAGUGAUUGGUUUGGAAAACUGUCUACACAUGGGACAAGUGAGAACUGGUCUCCGCGCGUCAGGCAGGCGGCUGGCGCAGUGCAGCUCCAUCACGCUGACCACGAAGAAGACAUUCCCCAUGCAGAUCGACGGAGAACCCUGGAUGCAGCCGCCUUGCAAGAUAAUGAUAACACAUAAGAACCAAGUUCCAAUGCUGAUGGGACCAGCUCCAGAGAAGGGCAGAGGAUUCUUCAAACUCUUCACUCAUUGCUAACUUACACUACAACCCUACAACUUUAUCAAUCUACUGGUUUACAACUCACUUCUACUGAUUGCAACUCACUUCUACUGUUUGCAACUCACUUCUACUGUUUGCAACUCAUUUCUACUGUUUACAACUUGCUUAUAAAGUUUUAUUUAUUGAUUGAUCAAUCGUUUGUUAAAUUGGCAAUUUACUCUUCGACCGAUAAGUGUUUAUUUUCUCU